AUGAUUAACAAGGUAAUCAUAUGUAAACAGAGGGAACAUAAGCGGGUACCAGAAGCAGCAAGACAUAUGUCGUUAUCCAAUUCGUCACAUUCAAGCGGAUCAGAUUCUGUGAGGAGCUCUGUGUUCCGUGAGUUUUCCUUGCUAUUGAAGAGACACAAUUCUGAUAUGAAGGUAAGAACACUUGAGGAGCACAAGGAAUGGCUGGACCAUUUAGACAGUGAAGCAGAUGCCAAACACAGGCGAAAGGCUAUUCUGAACAUCACCGAUAAUAUUGAUAAGUACGAGAAGAGUGAGAUACCAUUGAUCUGGGUGAAGGCUACUUCUUUGCUGAAAAGAGACGUGGAUAAUACGGAAUCACGUAUGCUCCUGGAAUUAUUGUCGAAAUGUUGUCUGCAUUGUGGUAAUGAGCAUUCAGUGAGACUCAUGUUCUAUUUUACGCUUAUUGACUUCUGCUGCGUCAUGGGAGAUAAGAUUACUUUGAACCGUGCGUCGCUUGAUUCAUCUCUAGACCUAAUUUUCAAUGGCAUUGACGGUUUGACCCAUCAGGGUACUGAUAUUGUGAUUUUCGAACAACACGCGACUAUGAAUAUUUCACAGUUAUUGAGCUUAUCCCUUUCAAAUAUUUUAAACUUCAAUACCAGAACCUGUAUUUCGUUUUUAUCGUUUUUGAAUAAUUGUCUCCGUAAUUCAACACUUACGGUAGAUGGACUUGGUAUGAUAAUUCAUUGCGCACAAAAGACACCAAGCCCAGAAGUUCUACUCUGUUGCUUCCAUACAAUUAAUAUCUUAAUCAGUACAGAGCAUGAGGAUAUUUCUGACCAAUCCACUUAUGACCUAGCCUAUUUGAUAACAGGGGCCAUUAACUUGGAUAAUAAAUUCAACCAACAGCUAUUGAAAACCUUGGACGCUUUAAUCGAAUCCAAAUACUGGGAUCAAUUUGCGUAUCAACUCAAAAUUUUAAUGGAAAGUCCUGAUACAAAUUAUUUGAAUCUACGAGGAGCAGUAACUAUUCUGACGGAUUUUGCGCUCCAGGAUAAGGAAGACUGGUUUGUAUGGUUAACAAAAAUUUUUGAGAGGGGAAACACCAUGUAUGGUCAGAUUCUAGAAUGUAUUAAGACUUUGAUUACCGACGAUCAUUUCUGUGAACAAGGAAAUGGAUACGUUUGGUACAACGAAGAGAAUAUGUGCCUAUUAAAAAUGUUGAGAGAGAUUCUUUCUGUUGAUGUAAUAAGGGAUAAUAAUCCUAUUACAAUAGCAUCUAUAUAUAAUGCCUUGUUCCAGGCACUACUAUCCAAAAAAUGGGAGCUAUAUGGUUUAAAGAAUUCAUCAGAUUUAUUGGCAUUAGUUAUUGAACACGAAGAACUUCUAUCGAAGGAACAGAUUUCAAUAAUAGCACAGUACCUUGAGUCAUAUCGGGACCCUUUUCCACAGAGUUCUUUAACUAAAAUACUUCAUAUGUUAGAUGCCACUGACGAAAGAACUGCUGCAAUCGUAAAAUAUUUCGCAAACUCUUAUGCGUUGUUCGAUAGCGCGUGUAAGAAAUUGAUUGAAAAAAGCGUUCUGGAACUUUUGUCCUGUGAUGAAUCGCAGUCUGUGUUUGUUUCGUGUACGGAAUUUCUCGUUGUUUUAUCCGAAUAUAUACCUACUGACGCUUUAAAGAGUUAUGUUGAAGCAUAUUUGGUUCCCAAACAACCUCGAAGGAAAAGCAUAGUCAGUAUAGGGAUAGACCCACACAAAAUUAAGUGGAAACUUACUGAACAAAGCAUUGCACUUGUACGACUUUUCCAACGUAAAAUAUUUAUGUUUCCAUACUUGAUACUAACCUGGAGAUGUUGUAUCAAGGCUAAAGAUACUGUUGCCUUGCUAGUUCUCGCACGUAUCCUCAUGAAAAUGAGGAUUGACGCAGAUAGUUUAUUCUAUUUUUGCGAAGAAACUGACAUAGAUGGGUUAACCGCAACUUUAAAUCGAAACACUGUAAUUAAACCAGAAGGAAUUGACGGCUCUUACUUAUGGAAAUAUCCAGAAGAUGAAACAACCUCCUAUAUUGAUAAAGGUACACUUGGUAAAAAGUUUGACGCAGACUGCCUCGCUUAUAUCGAUAUUUCAGAGUGGACUGAACUCUUAAUCGAGACAUUACGAAAACCUCUUGACUGGGAAUUGUACACGUAUCUACUUUCUCAUUUAUGUCCGCAGUUGGCUAAUUAUCAUCUUUUCAAAAAUGAUAGACACAAUAUUGAAAUAUUACAUGACCUUAUUUUACAUCAAUUAAAGGAUGGAUGCCCAAUAAAGAUGGGUGUUGGGAUCAAUAAAAGUGACGUUCAACUUGCUUUUGUAAGGACACUAUCCUCAUUGUUUCCAUAUUAUGGGUUUUUGGGAAAGAGCAAGGCUGAUGAAAUGAUUAAGAUUUCAUUAGGUGUUUUAGAAUCAUCAUUUGAGAAGACAAUUGUCCCCUUAUUGCAUAAUUUUAGUGUUUCAUGUUACGAAAUCCCUUCUUCCAUUAAGAAACAUUUGAAUCCACUUUUAGAGACAAUCUCGAUAAGAUUAACGAAAAAGCAAGCUAUACCCUGUUUACUUGAAUUUUUAAUUGCCUUAUCAGAUUCCCCACAGAUUAUUUCUCCAUUAACAAUUGAUCAAUUGAAGCGUGUGUUUACCAUUGCAUUCAAAUUGAUCGAAGUAUCGCAUGAUUUGAAAGAGGAGGCUGAAGAAGCGGAUUUUGUGCGACACUCAUUUACAGAUGAACAGGAAGCAUCUUUCAAUCCAUCUACCAGUAGUUUUACUGUCACCAAACAAAUGGCACAUUUUUAUCUGACACUAUCGUAUCAGAUCAUAUCACAUUGGUUCAUCAGAAUUUCAUUAUCCAAACGACCAUUGAUAGCACCUUUUUUGAUGGUAAAAUUAUCAACAUUAAAACGUUGUGACGAUACUGAAGCUUAUAAGGACCUUGUUACUAGAUUUACUACUACAGAUUUAGAAUUAAGAGUGGAGACAGUUACUUCAGAUACUCCCAACAGUGGAGAUCCGCAUUAUUUACAUGAAUACUGGUAUCGAGAUGGUAAAAUCUUAAGCAUAGAAGUAAACACUACAACCGGAGCAUCAUUAGUUGUCACUAGAGGUGCAUCCGGAAAUUCCAUCUUCAAUGUGGAUCCCAUAGUAAAGAAGGAACCUGACAGUUUUGAUUUAUUCCAAUUUGGUAAAAACACCAAACCCGCCUCUGCAAAUAUGUUCACGCCAGGGUAUGUUCUUGCACAAUUUAGUGCAGAAGAUACGUACGAAGACAUGGUUCGGAUCGAAGAACCCCACUUGAUAAAGUCUAUUCAGCUUGUUGAUACUAUCCCAGUGGUCGAAUUUCACAAGAUUGGAUUGCUAUACAUGGGACCCAAUGACACAACUGAAAAGGAUAUAUUGUCACACUCUAUGGAGGAUGGAUCCCAUCAAUACAAAUGGUUUGUUAACGAACUCGGAUCAAUAAUAAAACUUGAUCAAAAUGAAACUUUUUACAUCGGCGGUUUGAAUCCUGGUACAGAUGGAGAGUACGCGUUGAUCUGGCAUGAUCAAAAAUGUCAAAUCGUGUUCCAUACUGUAUCCCUAAUGCCUAACGACGACAAAGCAGAUCCAGAUCGAACAAUGAAAAAAAGACACGUUGGUAAUAACUUUAUCAACAUAUAUUACGAUGAACGAAAACAGGACUCGUUCCCGUUUGACAUAAUCAAAAGUCAAUUCAAUUUCAUAAACCUUGUCAUCAAACCAAUGUGGAACGGCAAAGAUGAAAAAGACUCUGUGAGUGAAUUCUAUAAGGUGAAGAUUUACAGAGCAAAAGAAGUUCCUGGUAUAUUCUCUACAUCCCACUUCAAAAUCAUGCAUAGGCAGCGCCUCGCAGCGUAUGUCAGGCAUUUAUGUACUGUCGCAAACACAUUCGCACAAAUUUGGCACGAGUCCGUAUCGUCAGAACACUGUUCUACAUGGUCUCGCAGAUUCGCACACAUCAAAACAAUCAAAACGAGGCUAAAAAAUCAAUCUUCUGGCGCUUCUUAG